AUGCCGUCCAACUUGCUCCCCUUCAUAGUUCUUGCGGUCUUGGCUCUCUCCAAAUCGUUGGAAGCCAAUAUCACGCGUGCCCACUUCACGGAAGCCGCCGAGGAGAUCUCCAACUACGUGGUGACUGGGUUUUCGCAUGGGUCUGCUGGCCCACCCUCGCCGGGCACGGUGGCUCUCCAUCCGGCAUUCAAUCGACUCGACCGAGACUAUGUGCAUCUGAUGCCCAACCCAGAUGGAAUCCCGCUCUACAAAUACUUCGCCAAGGAGCCGCUCCUCCAGAAAGUGGCGGGCGACCAAAGCGUCUUGCUCACUACCCAUCGAAACAGCCCGAUCUCCUUGGAUAAUUGGAAGCCUUGGUUGGAGCAGAAUGAUAGCUACACAAGCCUGUCGAAGAAACAGAAGAAGGCCAUCCGUAACUGGAUCAAACAGUAUUUCGUCGAUGGGGUUGAGGACCAAGCGCUCCGGGAAAACGGGGCCCGAUUCCUGUGGUCCUUGCAACAAUCCGCCAGACCCAAGACGAUCUGGUGGACCAAAUCGCUGGUAGACAAGAACCUGAGUGAGAACGAAUUUAUGGAGCUAGUGGCGCUUGGCGACCUGCUGCAGUUUUCCGAGACGGCGGCCUUGCAGAUGACGGAUGCGGAGGUGAGGAUGCUGGCGCCCAAGCUGCUCAGGCUGCUCUCGCUCGACCAGAAUAAGAACCUCAGACGACGGCCAUUAAACAUCAGCCAAUUGAUGGGAUACGUCGAGAACGAGAACGGGUCGAGAUAUAAGGUCCGGAUGCUCCCCAUCCUCAGCUACUUGUUGGACGACUUCCUCCUCCUAAGCCCAACCGAUAAACAGUUCAUCUUCCACCAAGUCUUCGUCCUCUUCGGCUUCCCCCCCUCCGAAAUCGGCCUCCAUUCAAUCCAGCUCCUCAAGAUUGAUCACCCCGGCUUGCUCCGUAACCUCCUCCCUAAUCCGCUCAUCAGCCCUCGCACAAAAGACUAUGAUCGGAUCAAAAAUCAUCUCGAUCAGCUCUGGAAAGAUUCCGCAACUCCUCGGUCGUGGGUCUGA